CAUUAAGAAGUAACGGCCACUGAGGGAAGACCUUAAAGCUACUUGUACUGGUAGCACAAAAAACCUACUGCAGUACGUACAGUAAACUUGUUACAAACAAACCGUCCACCUGGAAUCAUCAUCCUCUGAUGUACUAGACGCCGCUCACCACAAAUAUUUUUUCGAAGUCAAGUGCCUCCUUCGACACCCCAUAGGAUAUCAUAUCGAAGAUCAAACAAUAAUACGGUAGAAGAUGGGAAAGAAAGCAAAGUCGACGAAGGGAGCGCUUCGAGCCAAGGAGAGAAAACUCGACAAAUCCACUCUUCCUCCCCCACCAAUUUCGGUAUCUGAGGAGGUAAGAAAUUACUUUGUCGUUGGAGCGAGAAGCMGCACACGAGGGACUUCGUUCAAGUGUAUAUUUUUGUUGUUCWCAGCAAAAGUGUCGACUCACCAGCUUUUCAUCUCUCUACAUCUAGGUUGGUUCGGCAAAGCUCUUGGAKGAGCCUUCUCUCCCUGGGUCGGGAUACAAGGCGCUUGGCCAGGACGGUUACGAUGACGGCGGUGUCGCCGAUUUGACCUUGGUCAUCGAUUUGGACGACAACGUCCUUCGACGCAAGCGGGGUGAAACCGACUACUUUACGUCACUGAAGGCCGACUUGUUGCCCCGUGUCACGAAGGGACCAAUGGCUCACCUUCCAAGACGUGAGCAAAAGAUCAAGCUAGCUAAGCUGCUCUUUUCGGACGAAGAAACCGAAGAAGAUAAAACCCCUUCGGAAGUUUGGGCCGAUAAUUACGAUCCUGAGGAUGAUGACGAUUACGAAACAAAGAAGAACCGAUAUGACAAUCUUGCUUCGGCUCGCAUGGCCCUCAGCCUUAGUAGUGUUCUYAGAGAACCUGCUUGCGCAAGUCUCAGUCUGUCUGAGAUUAGUAAGCGUCGCCUUGCAUGCUACGGAAAAGCAGGAGGCGAAGAUGCUCUCAGAUGUGCCAUCAAGGCAAUUGAAAUUGCCAGCACAGGAUUCUGGGAUCGUGAUGAAAUCGAGUUGGAGGUAAGCAUUAGUUCAGCAGUCCUGUACCGAAAACCUUGGUUUUCCACUUUGAUUUGUAGGCGCAAYGAUGAYAUAUUUUAUUCGAUCCUCACGAUGUUCUUGCGUUGCACUUUACAUCAAUCGUAAUAUCAAUUUGAUUUCAGUGUGAAGAAAGUCCKAAGGUCGAUCCCAAUCACGAGAAAAAUGCAACGGCACCUGGACUUAGUCACCCUGACUCCUUGAAACUUCGACCAAUCCGUGUGUCAGAGCUAUGUCUACGAUCUGCAUACCUCCAUAAGGGAAAUGCAUUGGCUGCUCUUGGUCGCGAGGCCGAGGCCAGAGAAACUUAUCUCAAAGUCAUGCCCAUGCUUGAACCAGAACCUCGUUGUGGCCGCUUAGACUGGGAACGCGUCUCAAUUUAUGUAAAUGUUGGAAACACCUUCAGUCGGGAAGGAGACUUCGAGAAGGCCGAUGAACAGUACGCUAAAGCUGAAGCUCUAGGACGGGAGCACAUUACCGCUUCUGAGGGCAACCAAAUUGAUGGUAUGGGCAUUGUCGUCAUUGCCAUGCGUGCACGUGCUUUCGCCUUGAAAAGAGCUGGCAGAGAGGAUGAGGGAAAGAAGGUUCUAAAGGACGUCAUCGCAAUGCAGAUCAACCUGAACGCCGAAAACGARAAGAARAAGGCAGAACAAAAAGCCGAGGAAGAGAAGAAGGCUGCCGAAUUAAAGGCUGCUGCUGAGGCUAAUGCCAGUGCCUAAGCGCGGCACGCCAACGUGACAUGAAUAUUGAACUGAAGUUUUAUCGACCUUGGCCAUGCGAAUGAAGACAAUCAACAUCAGCCCUACCUUAKUUUUGCGUACGGUUGGUUUAUUGAGGAGAGCAAGUGCAUGGUGACACUAUGUUGACGUUUUUAGCCCAAGUAAACUUUUCUAGAUAUA